CCAGUGGCAGAGGCAGAGGCAGACUCAGACUCAGACUCAGACUCACUGUAGCAGUUCUGUGUCAACAGCUGUCUCUCCCCUCUUUGCUGGAGCCUCCAAGGCAGGCCGCUGCCGGGCAGAGCCAGGCAGCUUCUGAAAGCUCUGCCGAACCUGACGUCUCCAGGUGGAUCUACCCUGGGCUGACUUUUGAAUUCUUACUUCUGGCUUUUAAAUUUUUUCUUUUUAAAAUAACUUGGACGGAUAAAAGAUGUGCCAUGGCAGGAUAGCACCAAAGAGCACCUCAACGUUUGCCGUGGCCUUCGUGGGACAUGGAGUGUUUCUUCCGCUGGUGAUUCUCAGCACUCUCCUUGGAGUUGGUCUUGCCUCAGUGUGUUCCCUGCCCCCGGAGCCAGAGAAUGGUGGCUACGUCUGCCACCCCCGGCCCUGCAGAGACCCCCUGUACUCCGGCAGCGUCAUCGAGUACCUGUGUGCUGAAGGCUACAUGUUGAAGGGUGAUUACAAAUACCUGACGUGUAAGAAUGGCGAGUGGAAACCAGCCAUGGACAUCAGCUGUCGUCUCAACGAGGACAAAGAUGCCCACACUUCACUCGGGGUCCCCACGCUGUCCAUCGUGGCUUCCACUGCCAGCUCCGUGGCACUCAUUCUCCUCCUCGUGGUGCUGUUUGUGCUGCUGCAGCCAAAGCUGAAGUCUUUCCAUCACAGCAGGCGUGACCAGGGUGUCUCUGGGGACCAGGUCUCCAUCAUGGUGGACGGAGUCCAGGUUGCACUUCCAUCGUACGAGGAGGCUGUGUACGGCAGCUCCGGUCACUGCGUGCCGCCCGCUGACCCCCGAGUACAGAUUGUGCUGGCAGAAGGGUCUGGGCCCAGUGGGAGGAACGGACCAAGGGAGCAGCAGCUGCAGGACCAGGGGGCAUGCUCCACUGCAGGUGGAGAGGAGGAGGCCCCGGGCCAGUCUGGACUGUGUGAAGCCUGGGGCUCUCGGGGCUCAGAGACUGUGAUGGUGCAUCAGGCAGCCACCUCUUCCUGGGUGGCCGGCUCAGGGAGCAGCCGAGUGGCACACAAAGAAGCCCCUGAUUCAGAGAACAGUGACAUUCAAAGCCUUUUAUCCCUCACGUCGGAGGACUACACGGAUGAUAUCCCACUGCUGAAAGAAGCGUGAGGGCUGCCACUGGCUUCUCUCCUCUCUGCCCUUCUUCCCUCUCCCUGUGGAUUUGAGCACCGUGUCCUCCAGCCGCCCUCCCUGGACACCUGGGCUGCCACCUGUGUAUCUGUGUAUCUCCAUAUCUCUGAGGGCCUGCAGGCCCACCUCGCUGGAAACUCAAGGAAGAUUCUCUCCGUCUGCCUGCUGGACAGCUGGAGGAGCUGGAUUUUUGCCUGGCCCAGCCUUCUCGUCUGUGUCGGGGACAGAUCUGAAUGUGCUGGAUUGAACCCUUCCUUCCCCUGAGCCCUCGGGGUUCCCUCCAGCCAGCUCUGUGGUGGCAGCCCCACCAGCCCACGUGGGCCUGAGAGCCGCUGUGUUUACUUGUGCCUUCCUCCCACCGCGUCCAGCUUCCUUCAGGCAGGCUUGUUGCUGUCCUAUAAACCUUUGUGGCUGCACUGCUGCCCCCUGCCACCCAGGGGCCCGGGCCUGGGUCUGGCCUGUUUCCUUUGAGGGCUGACACCUCUGUCCUUAGCAGGAGCAGUGGCUCGAACUGGGGCAAGAGUGUGGCCCCCUGGGCCUGCCCUUGUCGACACCGGUGGUGCAUUGCCUUGGCCGAGGAUGGAGGCUAUGGAAAAUCAUGCCAAAGCCAUCCCAGCACCCAACUGUCUGGCUCAGAAGUGCCGUCUCCUGGCCCUGUUGAGUUUCCGAGAAGCAACUGGAAGAUCCCGAGGGAGGGAAGGAAGGCGGCUAAUAAUGAUUGUCUUCCUAAUAUGCAAGUUCUCACUUCCUAUUCUAGCAUCCAGCCUCCCUGGCCUGGGUUUUUUCUGUUUCCCUGGAGCAUAAGGGGAAGUUGUGUGCUGCCUCCUGGGUCUGAUCCUGGGCAGCUCCAGCUUCCUUCCUGCCCAGGGGCCUGAGGCGAAUCACCUCUGGGAUAAGAGAGUUGCUGAGAUGCCAGGGAAUGCCUGCCUGCUCCCUGGCAGUUGGGGCCAGUUGCCCCGUUCUGGGCUCGUGGUGUUGGAAGGGAGCCUGAAAGGCACCGACCGAGUGCCCAGGCAGCUGCCGGCAGCGCCAGCCUGGGUCCUGAGGGUCCUCCUCACCGCAGUCACGUGCCUUAGUUCCUGUGCCCCGGAAGUUCCCGCCGCCGCUCUGCUCGCUGCGCUGCUGCUUCUCCUCUGCUGCCCUGCCCCCGCCCCUCCUCUCCCCUGCCUGGCCUGAGAGACAGUCUGCUCGCACCCCCACCUUGCUGGUAGGGACAGUUUGGAAGCGGCCUGGCUCCGGGGCCCUGAUGUCGAAGGCCCUAGUGGGUUCUGCGCUCCAGAUGCUCCUCCAGCCACGUGUCCAGUGCUGACGGGGCUGGGGCGGCAGAGCUCAGCGGAGCUGUCCCCUCCCCUAAAAUGUGGCAUCCAGGAGUGCUUGUCUUUGUUUUCGAAGCUCUGCACCUCUGCACCUCCCGAGCCUCUGUUUGGGGCGGUGAAAAUAAUUAAGAGCCCAGGAUGUUUUCAGUUCCUGACCUGACAGGGUAGUUCCAGGCUCAGAGACGAGGGGGUGAGCGGCCUUCUCUUAGCCUCCUGCCUCCACUCUUACACACGCACUUUACUCCCCGCUCAUCCCUGGCCUCUUGCCGCCUCUCUAGUCUUCCUUCCUCUCAGGUAAGGGCCGAGCCUGCCAGGCAGCUCUCUCCUCCCUACCCGGGAGCCCUGGCCUGCGUGCGUCAGUACAGAAAAGGUCGGCCAAGGUGCUAGGACAAGGACGCAGAAGUCUCCUAGGAGACGGGACGGAGCAGGGGCCGUCCUUGGCCUCCGGAGAUACGGCCGCCAGCACUGGGCCCGUCUGGAGGGCAUGUCCCUAUGACCCCAGCUGCUUCACCUCACACUGGCUCUGCUCCACUCGCAGGGUGCCCUUGUCUGUCUCCAAGAAGAGGGACAGGUUGGGGGUGGGGCUGGGGGAGGGACACAUCAAAAUCUCACUGCUGAGCCUGCAGCUGUCACUUCCCAAUCUUCCAAAAGCGGAAUUCUAGUCUAGAAUAUUUUUUUAAAUGGGAGCUCUUACCCUUUUUAAUAUAAUUACUCUGGGUUUUCCCAAGAGAUUGCACUUUUUGUUCUGGGUUUAUUCAGCCACAGAGGUGACUGGCAUGGCCCUUGAAAAAAUGGAAAGCCUGCCUUCUGAAGCCGCCUUCCACCUUGCCCACCUUCUGGAUCACAAGCCCAGACCUGCCUGCCUGGUAGAAAGGAGAGAAAUGAGGCGCUUUGCCCCUCGCCCCCGGUCCCUGGCUUCGAUGAGUCCGCCCUCCCGGAGGCCCUGGGCCGUGGGUGCAGCGGCAGCCUCACGCUGCUGCUGGCAGUGUGACGGUUCCCGCAGUUACUUCUCUUUUCCCCAAAGCAGGUCCGUAGGCAUCAGCCGUGUGCUGCUCUUCCUGCAGUCUGGGCUUUGUCGCUGGGAAAGGAUUAGGAACUCCACAGCUGCCUUGGGGUGGGCCCCGCUGAGAGACAAGGUGGUGUUGGGGCACCAGUUGGGAAGGAGGCCGCCAGAGGGGCUGGAGCAGGUGGGAAAACCCGCCCGCAGCCUGGCCUCCUGGGCUCACCUCAAGCGGAGUCCCGCAGAGAGCUUGUCCAGGAGAACAGUCAGCACCAAAGGACUUUUAAAAGGGUUUUUUUUUUCUUUGCACACAUGAGCUGACUCAAUGCAGGUUUUAUAGCCUGGCAGUUUGCAGUCACAUUCCAAUGACUUUCAAGGGCCAGGUGAAAAUCAGUUAAAAUUUCCAUCCCUUUCAAUGCCUUAGUUCAGCAGGUAGGCUCUAUCUUUUGCCAUUUCUGAAUUUUAUGUGCUAUGUUCCCACUUCACUGGGUGUGAACCGUGAAAUGGGCCGAGUCCUGGCCACUUUGUGAGUUCUUUUGAUUAUAUAAGGCAUUUCCAUGUACAUCCUACUAACACUCCAUUUGCAGACAGAACUUAACUAAUGUUGUCAUCCCCAUUCAUCCUGUCCUCCUUUCCCCUCCCCCAGAUGUAAAAGUCUGUGGAGAAGCUGGACGGCGAGACAAGGGUAUACUUUUCCUGCUAAGGUAGUGGUGGCACAGGAGGCCGUUGUCCUAGGCCUUUCUCCUCCCGAUCUCCCCGGAGCUCCCAAACCACUGCUUCCCACACAGCGCCACUUCCAUUUCCAGGGACACCCUUACAUAGAGAGUGGAAUAUGCUGCAAACGUUUCUAGGUCCUUGCCCAGUUUUUUUUUCCCCCCUUCCUUGAGAAUAAAGGGCCCAAGAGAGAAGGGACACAGGCUUUACAGCUUAAUUCCAGAUAUGCUUGCUGAGGGCAGGGCCUGGGAGCAUCUUUCAUGGAGCCUGCUGGGGCUCCUGGCUCUCAGCAUAGGUCCUGUCGUUACUGGUGUCCAGUGAGGGGCUCAGAGAGGAUUUUGUUCCACAGGUAUGUGGACUGAGUGGUAAAGUAGCUGGUUCCCUGGAGAGGGAAAGGCAGGUUCAACUUUCCUGGCAAGCAACUCCUCUUAAUCUACAGUUGAAAAUCUAGUAGAAUUUUGAACCCCAAGGUUGAGCCCUCUGCUCAGCAGCGGGGGGCAGGGUCGGGGGAGCGCAGGGGGCAAAGCACUCAGAUUGCCAAACAGGGAGGAGAGAGGGACAAGGGUUGCGUGGUAGCGCACCACAUCCUGCCCUGGCUUCUUACCGCACCACUAUGGAAUCCUUUGCGAUGGUUGAAAAUGACAUAUGCAUCAUUGACUCUGCAGGAUGUCACUCAGUUUGGGUUUGCUUUAUUUUAUUUUAUAUAUAUAUUUUUUUGGUAUCCUGUACAUUGCGGUGGGUGUGAAGAUAGUAUUUUAAUAUUUGUACAAAGUUUAAUUUAAUUUUAAUUGUUCUAUGUAUAUAACUGCAUUUCUAAAUAAUAAUAAUAAAAAGUUCUUAUGAAGG